GCCAGUCAAAAACUGUCUGUCGUCAAGUCGGGAGUAAAAUCAUGAGUGGAACACCGAAAGACCAAAAACGAUCUUCAGUGCAACGAGCGAGCAAAAUUCAGCAGCAAAAGCUGUUAGAUAUAAUGGAGCAAAACCCAGAAGUGGCAAGAGGAACAGCAAAAAAUAGUCAGACAAGUUUUUGGGACGAUUUGGCGAUACAAUUAAACGCACUAGGACCACCUUCUAAGUCAGGCAAAGAAUGGUUAAGAGCUUGGAUCGAAAAAAAAUACAUCACUAAGAGGAAAAUAACGGAAAACAAAAAAACAGUAGAAUAUGACAGGAGGAGGAGUAGGAAAUUUUCUAAAAAUCGACGAUUUAGACGAACGAGUGAUGGCAAUAUCAAAGCAAAUCAAAUUGUAGCUCCAGCUCCCGAUUCGAUUUGCAUUGAAGUACCGGAAGAACUGCAGGAGGUAGAACCGCUUCCGUUACAACAGAAAUCAGGGACCUCUAAGUCUGUCCACAAGUGCUCCACGGAUAUAUACGAACCAGCCAAAAAAGAACAGCAGUAG